AGAAGCAGAGCUGCAUAGGUUUAACAGCCCGUGAGGCCACUGAGCACACACCUGCUUCAUCCCCCUCCCAGGGCUGUGUCUACUCUGCCCUCCUCCAACCUGAGCAGCCUUCCUGGGAAGAUGGCACCAGUGCUGAUUCUCCUGGCCUUUCUUCUGCCCCUUGGAGCUCAUGCAGAGGAGAUCAUCGGGGGCCAUGAGGUCACACCCCACUCCCGCCCAUACAUGGCAUUUGUUAGGUCUCUUAAAGAAGAUGGGAAUAGGAGUCGCUGUGGAGGCUUCCUGGUGCAAGACAACUUUGUGCUGACAGCUGCUCACUGCUGGGGAAGCUCUCUAUGCAGCUCCAUGAGAGUCACACUGGGAGCCCACAACAUCAAGGCACACGAGCAGUCUCAGCAGAUCAUCCGUGUGGCAAAAGCCAUUCCCCACCCUAAAUAUAAUUCUGAGAACAAGAUCAAUGACAUCAUGCUGUUAAAGCUGGAGAGAAAGGCCAAGAGAAGUAAAGCUGUGAAGCUCCUCAAGUUUCCCAGGGCCAAUGCCCGGGUGAGGCCAGGGAAGAAGUGCCAUGUGCCUGGCUGGGGGGUGACAUCCUUCAAUGCUACUAAAGCAUCUGAUCUCCUACAAGAGGCUGAACUGAACAUUCAGGUGGACUAUCAAUGCCAGAAACACUUCCUUCACUAUUCAGAGACAACACAGAUAUGUGUUGGAGACCCCCGAAAAGUACAACUGGCUUUCAAGGGUGACUCUGGGGGACCCCUUGUGUGUGACAACAGAGCCUACGGAGUUUGUGCUCGUGUUAACAAGGACACCACUCUAGACGUCGUCACUAAAAUCUCCUCCUUCCUGCCGUGGAUACGCAGAAACAUGAAGCUCCCCUAGCAGGUGUUAAACCACCUGUGAUGACCAGCUUUUCUGGCCACAGACAACAACCACAUGGAGUGGGCAGUAAAGGCUGAAAAAUGUUAAUAAAUAAACCCCUGA